AUGUCUUCCCGACCGCGACGUAGUUGUGCAAAAGGUGACACUUCGGUGCUGUCACCUUCUACGAUCUUCCUCUGGUCUGACGCCAGGCUGAGACAGGAACUGACUAGGAGAGGUCUGAGCCGCGUAGGCAUACGACAAGAUCUCAUCGACAGAUUAUUGGAUGAUAUUAAUGGGAUAGUCAAAAAAGAGGAACCGAGGAGUUGCUUUGAUCCCAUUGAGGUCACAAAAGAAAAGACAAUAGAAUCUCAAGAUGUCAAAACUGAACCUCCUUUCGAAUGUGAUGCAGAAUCAGCUGAGAACAGAACU